UUUUGUCAAUUAGUUUUGUCAAAAUGGCGUUUAGCUUUCCUGCCUUUUCCUAUAUUAUAGCCCUUAUAAUAGAUGCAUUCCUUAUAUUUUUCUCAAUUUUCCAUGUGAUAGCUUUUGAUGAACUUAAAACUGAUUAUAAAAAUCCAAUAGAUCAAUGUAACAGCCUCAACCCACUAGUCCUGCCGGAAUAUCUGCUGCACUUGUUUAUAAACGUGUUAUUCCUGUUAUCGGGAGAAUGGUUUUCGCUGUUGAUAAACGUGCCUUUGAUUCUGUAUCACAUACACAGAUACCGCACGCGGCCAGUGAUGUCAGGGCCUGGCCUGUAUGACCCCACAAGCAUAAUGAAUGCAGAUGUUCUGACAGUUUGUCAAAGAGAAGGCUGGAUCAAAUUGGCGUUCUACCUCUUGUCGUUCUUCUUAUACUUAUACGGAAUGAUUGUGGUGCUCAUUGCAGCAUAAUUUGGAUGGCAGACCCUAAUGUUAAGUGGUUUAAUGUUGUUUAUAAUUAGCACCCCUUAAGUCAAAUAGUAUGAGGAACAAAUUUGUGUAAAUGAUUUAAACACCCUGGCAGAAAAACUCAUCAUUCUAUUAAUCUUUAUUGGCAGAUCGGUGACAAUAUUUUCUUUUUUUACAGUUCAUUUUACUCACUUGGUAAUGAACACUAUAAAAUAAAAUCUAUUUGAACUCUAAUGUAUCAGGUAAAAAUAUUUUACCAAUUAUAUUCAUGACAAUAUUGAUUGAAAUUAUUGUAAUGUGUUCAUAGUAAACAAUAUUUUGUGGACCAAAGAAAAUUACAAGAAUUAUAUUGUUUAUAAGCAUGUACUUAAUAAAAUCUGAUCAUAAAAUGAAUCAUUGCAGAAUGUAAUAGCAAUAUAUUAAUUAUCAUGUCUAGUUCCACUUGGUUCAGUAAGACCAAUAUAAUAAUAAUAGCAUAUCUUUUACUUUAUACUGUUGCGGUUUAUUUGUAUUGAUGUCUGUUGGGGUUGUUGCCGUAUACUGUUGCGAUUCUAGUGACUGUUUGUGAACGAAAGUAUUUUAUUAAUAAAAAUUACUGCUAAUAAUUUAUGUAAUACAA